GCUACUUCGGCGGUGGGAGUUCGGUCGCGGUCUUCGAGCCUGUUAUUAUUUCAGCGGGGCCGGAAGGGGCAGAGCGAGCUCGUCAGGGACAAGGGGGGCUUGGAGAACUGACGUACCUGCGGCCAGGAAGGAGAAAAGUAGCUGUAGGGUGUCUUUCCGAGUGUCAUUGGACUGGAGAAGGUUCUGAGGGGAGGAGGAGAGAGUUGGAAUCCUGGGAUACUGACAGUAGGCCAGGGAAAGGCAGCCUGUGAGGGAGGGGAAGUGUUCUAGGAAGGGAGGCACAGGGGGGCAUUUGGGAUUCCAUGGCAGCAGCAGCUGAGCCUGCAGGCAGUAGCUAUAGGGCCCCCCCGAACCCUAUGGCAACUCUGCAUGAGGAGGCAGUCUGUGCCAUCUGCCUAGACUAUUUCAUAGACCCGGUGUCCAUCGGAUGUGGCCACAAUUUCUGCCGCGUCUGCAUCACCAAGCUGUGGGGCUCGGGUGAAGGUCAGAGUGAGGAGGAAGGAGAUGAUGUGGGAGCAUCUGGCUCAGAUGGCGGGUAUGGGCCUGGUUCUGAGGGCGCUGUGGACGAUGGAGGAAUAGAUGACCUGGGACCUGAGGAAAAUGGGGACGAUGAUGAAGAUGGUGAUCUGGAAGAUGAGGCAUACUUGUAUGAUGGAGACAUGGGAGAAGAGGAUGAGGAUGUGUCCAGGGAGGAGUACGAUGAUGAUGAUCCUGAGCUGUGGGACGAAGGAGACUGGGACGAAGACCCUGGUUCAGAUUUAUUCUUUGAUAAUUAUAAUGAUGUUGAGGAUAUCAUGAAUGAAGGAGAAGAACCAGAGGAAGAGGAAGAGUAUACUGUGCCGGCAACUCCACCCACUCCCCCGCAACGCCAGGCUUUUACUUGCCCCCAGUGCCGCAAAACUUUCCCCCAUCGCAACUUCCGCCCCAGCCUUCAGCUGGCCAAUAUGGUGCAGAUCAUCCGACAGUUGCAUCCGCAGCCCUUCAAGCCCGUGAUGGCAGCAAUUGAGGCAGUGGAGUUGGCAGCAGCAGGGGAUUCAUCUGGAGCACCAUCUGCUAUAGCAGCAGAUCAAACUCCAAGUAUGGAGAGCACCCUGUGUGAGAAACACCAGGAGCCCCUCAAACUUUUCUGUGAGACAGAUGAGGAGCCCAUCUGUGUGGUGUGCAGGGAGUCCCGAACCCAUAAACAUCAUAGCGUCAUGCCACUGGAAGAAGUUGUGCAAGAAUACAAGGCCAAACUCCAGGGUCACUUGGAUCCUCUCAAGAAGAAACUGGAGACUGUUCUGAAGCAGAAGUCAAGUGAAGAGGAAAAGAUGUCGAAUAUAAAAAGAAAGAUUAAAAAGGAAAUUGCAAAAGUUAAGGGGACAAGGAAACGACCCAGUAAUCAUAACCUCCCCCAUCUGGAAGAAUUGGCUUCGGAAGAAGAGCAGGAAGAUACAGACACAGCAACAGAAGAGAAAAUGGCCGAAGGUGGAAAAUCAGCUGGCAGUCAGCCAGCUACCUUAGUUGAAAUCAAGAGUGUUAUUGCAGAAAAUAAUGCAAUCAUUUUUAAAAAAAUGGAUCAGCAAACGGAAGAAUUAGAUAAAUGGAUUAUUGUGUUAGCUGAUAAAACCACGCAGAAUGUCAAUGCUAUAAAGGACUUGGAGGCAGGAGCAGACCUUUUCUUUUCCCUAUAGCUUUUAAAU